UUCUUUCUUCCCGACUUUCUCUCUCUCUUCUCUGUCGAAUGAAGCGGCGAGAGAACAAGCGAUUGUUCUGAAAUCGGAAAAAAUCAAUGGAACACCACCACCACCACCACCACCACCAACGCGACGACGGCUAUGAAGGUCGUCAAAAAUUUGGGGGACCACCGCCGGGCAACAAUUUCCCCGAUGCUCUACCACAACCGCCGCCUCCGUUUUGUCAUGUGAGCCAUGUCGGUCAUCACUCUUCCAAUGAACCCUACCCGCCGGAUCACCACCGUUACGGAGCUCAUCCGCCGCCUGAUUUGACGCUAGAGAGCCACACUGUUGCUUCCUUUACGAAUGCGCAUCACUGGUACAAAGAUGAGAAGUACAGCACUCGGGUGAAGGAUGCAGACGGUCAUCCUUGUUUUGCUCUUGUAAACAAGGCUACUGGUGAAGCAAUGAAGCAUUCUGUGGGAGCUACCCAUCCUGUGCAGAAGUUUUUCUCAAAUUUCAUCUUAUGAGAUGUUUUUCUCAAAUUUCGACUCAUCAAGUAAUUGAUAGGCUUUGGUUUCAAGAUUGUUGUCCAAAUUUCGACUCAACAAGUAAUGAUCACUUAUGUUGUAUUUGUUUUUUGAUUUUGUAAAAUAUGUUUUAUAUUUCCAA